AUCACUGGCAUAGUGUUCGAUGAUGUUGGUAUGCGGGACAAUUUGAUUCAAAGGAAGGCAAGGGAAGAAGCUGAAUGGGAGAAAGCUUAUCCAUCUGAACCUGCCACCGCAUCUUCAUCAACAAUCUUCUCCGAGGCCGUAACAACAUCUUCAAGCAGAACCUGGACUCCCAACACCACCCAUGAUUCUCCACGUAUCAGGCGUUUUCUGCAAGGUGGGGACCAUUCAAGAGGGCAGCGUGUCUCAGCACAAACGGAUUUGCAGUUUUUUUUCAAAAUCCCAGUUUUCAUGGACGAAACUGAGGGAUUCGAUCACCCGCAUGGGAGGUUGCAAAACGUCAUAAAAGACGUUGUGACCAGGAGGAAUAGUGAGGUCGACGAUGCAAGUCGUUCGCUUCAACUAGAAGCAGGUGUUCAGGCGGAGCAGGCAACAACAUCACAAGAACCUCCUGUAUCAAUCACUCCCAGUCUAGAAACUUCUCUCAUAGCUGGCUUCCUUCUACGUCGUUGGCACCCCAUGG